CGCAUAAAGCUGUCCACUUCUUCUUCUCAGUGCUCGAAACUGCCCGGCCAGGCGCUCCAUCCAUCUCUUCACUCCCAGUCCCACUGCUUGUAUCUUCAAAUCUCUUCUCACGCACAGCGCAUCUGCGUUCGACGUCAGAACAUUCCAGCUUGGCGCCAAGCUGGCAAAGACAGCAUCUCAUAUAAAGAUAUAUAGACUCCCACAGAUCCUUUUCCCACCGUCUUUCUCUUAUUCGACUCUUCCCGCAACUCUUCACAAUGUCUUCAGCAGGUCCUUCUCGCUCUCCCCAGCCCUCCUCCCGCUUUCACCCCUAUACUCUCCAUCCCCACACCCACUCUCAUCCCUCUCAUCACGCGGAAGAUUAUCGCACAAAAUCCCGCCGCCCUGAGCGCUCUCCUGCCCGUAAUGCAAAGGGGGAGUACCCACCCAGUCCCCCUCAUUCUAGACGAGAUGCCAGUGAGACUCCGAGCGUAUCGUUGUCCAUGGCUUUUGGCGGCAUGGGUGGUGGUAAAUGGUGGGACGAAGAAUUGCCACCACCUCCUGCCUCUCUGGCGAGCAUACUUGACUCAUUCCGAAAAAGUGGUGAAGGCGAUCGAGAGUUGCUGUUGAGUAUCCUUGGGGCCAAAAAGGCUGAGGAGGAGCGACUAUCAGCUAUGAUCCACACUCGACUUACUGUCCUCCAGGCUCGACUUUCCUUGCACCAGGCAGCUGCUCUGGGUGCCAUGUCCGUGCCUGUCAUGCCUGCUCCUCCAUCUACGGCCUUGGCCAUGUCUAACACUUCUCCCAACCCUCAGCAACCUCCAGUACCUCGAUCUGAAGAACUAAACAGGUCACCUGAGCGUACGCCUUCUCUCACAUCUCGCGACUCUGGCCGUUCAUCUUCUGCUGGUGUUGCCUCUCCCCCUGCCCAAACGGCUAGCGAGUUCAUGCCUCCACCUCCACGGCCUGUUGCUCAUGGAUACGGAAACGGGUACGAAAAGGAACGAGAAGACCCUCGACCUCGAUUCUGGCAACUCCACCCCAACCUUGCCUCUCGUGUCCCUCCACGGCCAUCGGGGCAAGACCUUCCUCCCCUUCGAGACACUGCUGAAGGCCGAGACAAGGAGAGGAGCCGUGGUGGGAGCAGGUCAAUCAGUCCAAAAGACAGUGGAGUGGCCGCUGGUGUUGGUCGCGAUGGAAGAGACCGAUCGGGAAGUGGUCUCGAGAUGUUAUUGGAUGUUGGCAUGAGAGGAUUGGAGACUGAACGACGGGAGUAAGCAGUGUGUGUAGGAUCAGCAGCCAUUUGUAAAAAAAAAGAAGAUCCAAGGUAGUUGUUGUAUAGGCUUUGGGCUUUUCCAUGUCUUUUUUGUUAUUAAUAUGUUGAACGGAAGA